AUGGCAGACACCGUUCGUGGAAUUUGGCAAUCAAUCGUCCAAACCAAGAGACUCUACCUCAACCCACACGAGCAUUUCGGACGUGCCAACAUCUGCCGUGCCGCCCUCUUGAGCUACGUUGGGAUGUACUACAUGUUCAAGUGGAACCAGAACAGAAAGGCCGAAAUUGCCCGCGCCGAGAGAAAAGCUGCCAAGGCCAUCGCCAACGUCGCUGCUGCCGCCCCAGCUCAUCACUAAUUCAGUCGGAUGCACCUAGAUUUGGUUUAAUUUUCUUUUAUUGGACAAUAGUUUUGUCCAGAUUUGUCGGUUUAUGUAAUGCUAUGUUCUUUUGAAUAAACUACCCGAUUCG